UCUUUGCUGUCACGGUUGGACGCCUCGUCGCCAUCUCCUCAGCUUUGCCACGGUAUAUUCCGAAGCCUACGGCUUCAUGUCCUGGCAGUCCGGCUUGUACUUUAUCUCUGGGCUGCUGAGUUCCUUUAUGGGCAUUGCCUUUGGGGGCCACCUCUCUGACUGAACAGCGGACUGGUUCACCCAACGGAAUGGCGGCAUUCGCCAUCCAGACAUGCGGUUGCCUUCUGUAAUUAUCGGCGAUGUGUGCGCGCCUAUUUCAUUGAUUCUAUACGGCGUAGGAGUAAACAAUCACCUACAUGGAUGGUUCCGACGGUGGCGUUGAAUCUACUGAACUUCGCGAUCGUGCAGGUGACAAACGUCACUAUGGUGCAUGUGAUCGCUAGCUAUCGGCCAACGAUGGGUAAGGCGACCGUUUCCAUCUUAGCUUUCAAAGCUGCAUUCGGCUUCCUACUCUCGUUCUACACCAAUCCCUGGAUCGAUAUAGAAGGGUAUAUUGUCGCCUUUGGGGAGAUGGCGUGCAUUGCGGGGGCGAUUAUCGCCCUUGCGGUUGUGUUGUUCUUCUUGGGGAAAGUACUUCGGCAUCGCACGUGGAAGUGGCACGUCAUAGAAAAGUAUAGUCAUCAGGGGUCAGAUCGAGAGAUGGGCGAGUAGAAAGCAUGGGGAAGAUAUAAUAGCAGACCGAUUCAGCUCUACUCAUUUAGCUUGAUGGGUACUUCUAUGCAUGAUGCGACUGUGGUGGUCAAGAGCUAGAGGCGGCUCGGAUGAAAUUGAAUCUACAAUAGGGGGUCGCUACAGCCACAUCGGCCAUGCUAAAACCACAACCUUAUCCUAUUAGCAGAACCAUGAC